AUGUACGAGAUGCAAUACUUCAAUGCAUUUGAUAUCCUUGGAUCUUCGCUUGCAAUGGAGAAGGAUGCUGAGGAGAUGAAGACGUGCAUCUCUUUAUUGUAUUCAGAGAUGAGAGCGCAAUUUGAGCGUAGACUCAAGGAUGAGUUGCAUUCCGAGAUGCUAAAUAUGGUGCGAGAAGAGCUUGCCCAACAUGACAAGAAGCUAAAGAAACGCGAGAAAGGGCUCGAGAGACAGAUUAACAAAGUGGAUGAAAAGAUGAACAAGACUUUGUCUGCUAUAAUGAUGUUGGUGAACAAGGGGAAGAGGAAGAAGAAGAUACACGACGACAUUGAUCAGUUUUCCCAGCCCAUAGAGGACAAGGAAGAUGAGAAUGAUGCCGAUGAUGAUGAAGACGGUGAUUCAGAAAAUGAUGAUUCCGGCGACGAUGAUGACAACUCAGAAUUUGAUGAUGACUAG